UUCGACUAUGGUGUCCAGCGCAGUAGCCUACGCAGGAUCGCCCGCGGGCCACAUGCCCGUCAAAAGUACAUUCGACUUCACCUUCAGCCAACCGUUCCAGACGGCAUGCGACUUUGUGCCGCCCGAGCACGCCCUGCCGCGGAUUGAGCCCGAGCGGCCCAUCUUUGUCGACAACAAGACAGACCGCACUCUCACAUUCGGCCAAAUCUCCAAGGAUGCGCUCGCCCUCGCGUCGGGGCUACUGAGCCUGGGGCUGGACCCCAACAAUACCAUCAAGCUGCCCCCAACCCCGUCGUGCCCCCCCGGCCCCGAGAUCGCCCCGGUUGUGCUGAUCCAGCUGCCCAACUGCCUCCCUUUCGCCCCAGUCUUCUUCGGCACCCUCGCCUCUGGCAUGACCGCCACUCUGGUCUCACCUGCCCUGACCAGCGAUGAGAUCGCCUGGAUCCUCCAGAAUGCCCGUCCCCGCGUCAUCAUCACCGCCACCGCCUGCCUCCCCGCCAUGAAAUCCGCGCUUGCCAAGCAGCCAGACACCUCCUACUUCUCGUCCAUCCCCGUCUUCACCGUUGACACAGCAGCCGACACCUACCCCUCGGCACAAGCCUCCCCGCCUCCAGCUCCCUCCGACUGGCGCUCCCUGCUCUCCGCGUCUCCCUCCCACAAACUCACCCACGCAGCAACAACCACGUCAUCACCCAUCUUCCCCCCCUCCACUGCCCCCUCCCGCACAGCCGUCAUCCUCUGGUCGUCCGGAACCUCGGGCCGCUCCAAGGGCGUGCUCCUCUCGCACCACGCGCUCAACUUCUCCAUCGCCUCGCUCUGGCACGACGCAGAUUAUUUUGGGGUCAAACCCCAGCGCCAGGCCUGGCUCGGCUAUGUGCCUUUCUACCACGUGUUUGGCCUCUGCAACGUCUUUCUCCUGGCCGUCGCCACGGGCAGUACGGUGUACACCAUGCCCUCGUUCCACCUCGAGACGGUGCUGAAGGCGAUCCGGGACCGCAGGGUCACGUACAUGCACAUGGCGCCGCCCGUGGCCGUCAUGCUUGCCAAGGCGGCCGUCGUGGAACCGUACGCGCGGGGAGGCGGGUUCGCGUCGGUUGUGGCGGGCGUGACGGGCGGCGCGCCGCUGGGUCAUGAGGUUGUCGAGGAGGUGUAUAAGCGGUGUGGGUUCCGGGUGAGGUUGGGGUAUGGGCUGAGCGAGACGUGCAGCACCGCGCUGCAGAGGGGCUGUGGGGAGAACGAGAUGCGGGAGCAGGCGGGAGAUACGGGGAGGCCGCAUUGGGGGGUCGAGGUGAUGAUUGCGGAUGGGGAGGUGUAUGCGAGGAAGGAGGGGGAGAAGACGACGGCUGCGGGCGUGGAUGUCGAGGGGGAGGUGCUGGUGCGUGCCGCGGGGUUGUUGUCGGCGUACUUGCCUGUCGAGCUGUACUCUGGGGAGAAGAAGAUGGAUAUGUCGGUUACCGAAGAGGCGCUGACGGCGGAUGGGUGGUUCCGGACGGGCGAUGUGGGCGCGCUGAAUUCCGACGGCCGGCUCAGGAUUACCGACCGGCUGAAGGAGCUGAUCAAGGUACGCGCGUACCAGGUGGCGCCCGCAGAGCUGGAGGCCGUACUGUGCAGCAGCGAGGCGGUUGCCGACGCGGGUGUCAUCGGCAUCUACGACAAGAGCGAGGCGACCGAGUGGCCCCGCGCGUUUGUGGUGCCCCGCGCCGGAAAGAACAACAUGUCCGGGGCGGACCUCGAGAAGCUGGCUGGCCAGCUCAAGGUGCUGGUCGAGGGCCGCACGGCAAAGUACAAGUGGCUAAUGGGCGGCAUCGUGUUUGUGGACCAAAUCCCCAAGAGCCCCAGCGGCAAGAUUCUGAGGAGAGUGCUGAAAAACGGAGGCGAAGAGACCAAGGGCGUCGAGGUGAAGCUGUACGAGAAGAAGCGGCGGGAUGCGAAGCUAUAGUGAGUCAUGUCAACGCCGUUUCAAGAUAUGUAGAAUUGAACUUCGACCCUGCUUUUCUCGCACGCUUCCAUUUUCGUACUCCCCGAGUCUCCUUCCUUUAUCAAGAUAUCAUAGUCAAUAGCAGACCCGAUCUGGCUUCGACCUCGAGGUACAACAGAGAGGACAAAUACAACUGAC